CUAUUCAACAUUCUUUCCUCAUUACUCAUUACUCAUUACUCAUUGAACUUCACCCCAUACGACUUUAUAGAAUUUGAAAAAUGCGUUAUACCACAUACACCGUUACAUUGUGCUUGCUGUUUGCUUUGUUGGCAUCCGCUGCGCCUGUUCCAGAAGAGACACAAGAGCAAAAAGAUUGUCUCGACCAAUGUCUCACUACAGAGGACGAAUGCUUAUUAAAUUCGAUUAGCAUGAGCGGAUGUGUCACGUCUUAUGACGAAUGUUAUCGUAUGUGCAUACCAACAACUACACCAACACCAACAUCAGUAUCAGCACCAGCACCAACCCCAGGCCAAGGACAAGGACAACCACAACCACAACCACAACCAUCCAUCCCUGUUGUCUCAAAGAAUCAAAAACAUAAAGAUGUCACUCAUGAAACCGAGAUUUCAUCGCCGACUAAAAAGGAGGAUGAGAAGGAAACAGAAGAGCAGACACAUGAGGAAGAAAAGGAUGGAGACGUAGAUGUAGAUGUAGAUGUAGACGUAGACGAGGAGGAUGGUGAUUUUGUAGAGAUUCCAGCACCUCCGGGAGGAGAGGAUGAUGAGGAAUAUGAUGAUGAACCUUCAGAUUAUUAAAGCC